CGAGACAGCCAAUUGGAGAGAGGCACCUCAGAGCAGGCGUGUAGUGUGGGCCCAGCCCCCUAAGAGGAAGAGAAAGAAGGGGGGAAAAAGAGAGACGCAAAGCAAGUCAGGUGGUGAAAGGUGCAAUUUUUAGGGUAUUGCUAGUACAUGCAAGGAUGAAUGUCAGUAAAGUCUGCCUGUUAGUGCUCCUCCUGGGGCUGGCUCAGCUUGCUAUAUUAGCAAGCUGCCAAGAAGAAGAACAAGGUGGAGAAUCUAUUACAAAAGAGGAUGAUGAUGACGAUGAUGAUGACGACAGUGAAGAUGAUGACGAUGAGGAUGAUGAUUCUGAAGUUAAAGAAGAAAAUGGUGUUUUAGUUCUGAAUGAUGCAAACUUCGAUACCUUUACUGCAGACAAAGACACCGUGCUGUUGGAGUUCUAUGCACCAUGGUGCGGGCACUGCAAGCAGUUUGCUCCAGAAUAUGAAAAGAUAGCCAAAACUCUGAAGGAAAAUGAUCCUCCCAUUCCAGUUGCCAAAAUAGAUGCUACUGCAGCCACUGCUGUGGCAGGUCGUUUUGAUGUUAGCGGCUAUCCAACCAUCAAAAUUCUGAAGAAGGGGCAGACAGUUGAUUAUGAUGGAUCCCGAACAGAAGAUGCAAUUGUGGCUAAAGUUAAAGAGGUUUCUGAUCCAAAUUGGACCCCUCCUCCAGAAGCUACACUGGUGUUGACCCAAGAUAACUUUGAUGAAGUAGUUAAUGAUGCUGACAUAAUGCUGGUGGAGUUCUAUGCCCCAUGGUGUGGACAUUGCAAAAGGCUCGCUCCAGAGUAUGAGAAAGCUGCCCAGGAACUCAGCAAACGCACCCCCCCAAUUCCCCUAGCUAAAGUGGAUGCCAUUGCUGAAACAGAUCUCGCAAAGAAGUUUGACGUCUCUGGCUAUCCAACUCUGAAAAUCUUCCGCAAGGGCAAGCCUUUUGACUACAACGGCCCACGAGAAAAAUAUGGUAUUGUUGACUAUAUGAUUGACCAGGCUGGUCCUCCAUCCAAACAGAUUCAGGCUACCAAACAGGUACAAGAAUUUCUGAAGGAUGGUGAUGAUGUCAUAAUCAUUGGCAUCUUUAAUGGAGAGAUGGACAAAGCCUACCAGCUGUAUCAAGAUGCUGCUAAUGGCUUAAGAGAAGAUUACAAGUUUCACCACACCUUCAGCAGUGAGAUUGCAAAAUUCUUGAAAGUGACUCCUGGAAAACUGGUGGUCAUGCAACCUGAAAAAUUUCAGUCAAAACAUGAGCCCAAAAUGAAUGUUUUGGAUCUUAAAGAUUCUACUGAUGGGUCUAAAAUAAAGGAUCACGUGGCAAAACAUGCUUUGCCACUAGUUGGUCAUCGCAAAACCUCCAAUGAUGCUAAGAGAUAUGCUAAGCGUCCUCUAGUGGUUGUCUACUAUACUGUAGACUUUAGUUUUGAUUAUCGUGUUGCUACCCAGUACUGGAGAAGCAAAGUCUUAGAGGUAGCCAAAGACUUCCCUGAAUAUACUUUUGCCAUUUCUGAUGAGGAAGAUUAUUCUUCUGAAAUAAAGGAUCUGGGGCUGAUUGACAGUGGGGAAGAUGUUAAUGCUGCAAUCCUGGAUGAGGGUGGCAAGAAAUAUGCCAUGGAACCAGAGGAGUUUGACUCUGAUGUGCUCAGGGAAUUCAUUUUGGCAUUCAAAAAAGGAAAACUGAAACCUAUUGUGAAAUCCCAGCCAGUACCAAAAAAUAACAAAGGGCCUGUGAAGAUUGUGGUGGGUAAAACAUUCGACGCCAUAGUAAUGGAUCCAAAGACUGAUGUCCUAAUAGAGUUCUAUGCCCCCUGGUGUGGACACUGCAAGCAACUGGAACCUGUAUACGCUGAGCUGGCUAAAAAAUAUAAGAACCAGAAAAACCUAGUCAUUGCCAAGAUGGAUGCUACUGCCAAUGAUGUGACAAAUGAUCACUACAAAGUGGAAGGAUUUCCCACCAUCUAUUUUGCUCCCAGCAACAACAAAAAGAACCCUAUUAAAUUUGAAGGCGGGAAUAGAGACUUAGAGCAUUUGAGUAAAUUUGUAGAGGAACAUGCAACAAAACUAACGAGGACAAAAGAAGAGCUUUAGAUGAGCUGAGGGUGGAGAAAGAAUUUUGUACGUUGUAGGGAAAGCAAGUUACUCACACAAUUUGUUGAGGGAACAAUUCAGCAGUUUAAGCAAAGGGGAUUUUGGGGCAGAAAAAAUAUUGCAGUAUCUGAUUUCUGUAUUACAAAAAAAUCAUUCUGGACACUGAACUUCUGUCUGACAUGAAUGUCUUUAUAGUUAUAGACUAGUUAUAAUUUUGAUCUUUGGAGGAAAAAUACAGUCUUUAUUUUUUGUGACUA